UUUACCACGCAACUAGGCAAGUCGAACGUGUCAUCUACUAGCCCAUCGAAUUCGUCUGAUCUUUGUCACGGCGACGAUUUGAGCGAAAACGUAAGCUCCAUUUCCGAUUUAGAUAUGGCUACUAUGGACAACCUGGAUCUGAUUGAAAUCAAGAAUCUCCGCCCGCGAGUACAGAUCGGUAUAAGUCCUCACGAGCUGGGCAAAAAACAGGAAGUAGUCAUUAACCUGACCCUCGGCGUGGACAUUCGGCGUGCCGCCGAGACAGACGACAUCAACGACACGCUCAAUUACAAAAAUGUCACCAAAAUGGUCCUCGAAUACGCAGAAUCAACCGAUAUCAAUCUGGUAGAAAAACUUGCCGAAGAUAUCGCCAAAAUUUGCAUAGUUUGCUUCCGGGCACCGUGGGUACAAGUUGCCGCUGAGAAACCCCACGCCCUCAGGUUCACCGACUCUGUCGGGGUGAAAAUUAGAAGGACAUCGAAGGAUUACCCACAUCCCAUUGUAUUUGUGUCACUUGGAUCGAACAUUAAUCCGCUGCAAAACCUGAAAGCGGCCGUGGAGAUCCUGAAAAGACGCACCACGCUUCUGAAGACGUCGAAAGUCUUCCUUACACCGCCUCAACUGGACACGAACCAGCCGCCGUUCCAUAACAUGGCUCUAAAACUUAUACCGUGUGGAGAUCCGGACACAUUUAGGGGACUUCUAAAAGAAAUUGAAGAAAAUCUCUUACGAGUGCGUGACCCCUUGAAUAAAAAUGGGCCCCGUACCAUUGAUUUAGAUAUUGCACUUUGGGGUGACGUCAUUUUUGAUAAUGUUGACGUCACUAGUUUAGAGGGUAAGAGCGCACACCGGAUUCCGGAUCCCGAUAUUUUGAAGUUCGCCCACACGGUUGUCCCUCUUGCCGAUGUAUCCCCGGAUUCGAUUCAUCCGGUUGUGAAGAAAACAUUGCAAGAAAUUGCUGUAGAUGUUACCGGGCAGAGAAACUAUUUGGAUAUAUUUGAAAUUGUAGAUUGCACGUUUUAAAGACUAUUCGAAGGGUGAACUGCUGGAAGAUAUUUUCUCGACCAAAAAUGUUCGGAAACAUGAAAUUGUUUUCCAAUAAUUAAAAAAAAAACUAUAUAAAUCUUUGGUGUUUAUGAAAAAAACGAACCAAUAACAGGGGCGGAUCCAGUUUUAUUUGAAGGGGAGGGGGGUCUGGAACGACAGACCUCGGGUGCAAACCGACCAUCGCCCCCUAGACGUGGGGUUCGGGGGGUCAGACUAUGACGCCGUUCUGGGCAUAGACGAAGUGUAAGGGGGAGGGGACUAUCUCCCUUCCUUCAACGGGCAGUAUAUGGCAGCCUCGCACGUCACUGAUUAUCUGUAGGCAGUAGCGAAAGAGAGUGGGUAUCUGGCUUCAUAGUUUCAUGGAUUUACAUAACAGCUAUGGAUUUUUCGAAAUAUGGCACGAAAUACAUGUCGUGGACUAUUUUGUGCAAGCGUGUAGGUUUUUUUUUUUUUAACAACCGGAUCUGUGGAGAUAUGGACGCUUUAAGGACUGUUAUCACGCUCAUUAGGCCCCAUUAUUGCUAGAGGCCUUGUGAUAUACCCAUUAACCCUGUUAAAGAGAUAAUUUGUGGAAAUUCACUGUUGCGUGGCGGGUAAACCGUCAACUAAUUGUUAUCACCAUAUAUCGCAACGUAUGCCCACGC